UCAAAUGAUGUUCCGUAGUUUGCCCAUCUCUUUCUCUCGCGCCAUGGGCUGAUCUUCGAUCAGGCCAAUGGCGUGGCGUCUGGCGAUCCUGAUCUAUGCUUGGCGAUGUGUAGCGAUCCGGGAUGGCGGCACCGAUCACAUCGGCCUGGACGAUCCAGUCUUCACGAUCAGCAAGAUGCUGGAGAAGGAUGCCAAGGACGAUGCCGACUACAUGGAUUGCCUUCAGCGUUGGGAAAGCGAGAGGAGGAAGCAGAUCGCCUUUCUCAGCGGCUUCAACCACCUCGUCUCCGCCAAGCGGCGAGUGCAGAGGCUGCACAUCUCCAUGCGGACGCUGGGGCACUCCAGGAACGUGACCCUGCUGGUGUCCGAGCUCCACCAGGGUCUCAGCUGGCUGUCCUCCGCCAGUGUCAAGUACGCAGAACGGCUGAAGAUGUAUGUGGACAGCUUGCACCCGCGACUGAGCGAGCAGUGCAAGAGGUCCACCUUCCGAGCGGAUGACCUGCGGGACGAGAUCGUGGGAGUGGUGGGCGCUCGCAGGAGAUCCGCGACAUUGGCGACCAUGACGAUGGAUGCUCGGCGUCGCGCAGUUCCAGAAAGGCGCUCCGGCUUCGGGCGCUUCUUGCAUACCACGCCCGCCCCCAAGAUCGUGGAGCCGACGCGCCCUGCCCGGGAGCAGGAGUUGAAGGUGACGACGUCGGAAGUCCCAGAUGUGGUGGUGACAUCUCCCGUGAAGUUGCGGCAGAAGCCAGAGGCCAACAGCACGAAGAGCAAUGGUACAGAGGGCAACACCACAAAGGCCAUCACUACAGAGGCCAACAGCACGGAGGCCACACGCACGGAGGCCACCAACAACGGCACGCAGGCCAACAGCACGCAGGCCAACGGCACAGCCUCCAAAAGCACGCAGACCACUGAUGCGGCCAACGGCACAAAGACCAACGGCACGGCCGCCAACAGCACGAAGGCCACCAGCACGGAGGCCACCAGCACGGAGGCCACCAACAACGGCACGCAGGCCAACGGCACGCAGGCCAACGGCACAGCCUCCAAAAGCACGCAGGCCACUGAUGCGGCCAACGGCACAAAGACCAACGGCACGGCCGCCAACAGCACGAAGGCCACCAGCACGGAGGCCACCAACAACGGCACGCAGGCCAACGGCACGCAGGCCAACGGCACGCAGGCCAACAGCACAGCCUCCAAAAGCACGCAGGCCACUGAUGCGGCCAACGGCACAAAGACCAACGGCACAGCCGCCAACAGCACGAAGGCCACCAGCACGGAGGCCACCAGCACGGAGGCCACCAACAACGGCACGCAGGCCAACGGCACGCAGGCCACUGAUGCUGCCAACAGCACACAGGCCAACGGCACGGCCGCCAACGACACGAAGGCGAUCAACACGGAGGCCAACAGCACAAAGGCCAACGGCACAGACGGCACGCAGGCCAAUGGCACGCAGGCCAACCGCACAACGGCCAACGGCACGGCCGCCAAUGGCACAAAGCCCACCAGCACGGCCACCGAUGCGGCCAACCGCACAACAGCCAAUGGCACGGCUGCCAAUGGCACAGCCAGUAGGGCCAACAGAAAGCAAGCCAACAGCACGGAGGUGAACAGCACGGAGGCCACUGGGACGGAGGCUAAGACGAACCAGGCCAGCGCUGGAAUCAAAUAA